UAUAUAUAAAUCCACUUUUUUCAAGAGUAUUUCACCCUUUUAAUAAUUAUUUGGACCGAUAUAAAAAAUAUGUAUUUUUUUAUUUUGAUCAAGAUUACAACCACACACAUACAUGUCUAAAACUCAUCAAAAUCAAAAUUUAUGAGUGAGUGAAGUUUCUUAGUGAGAGGAGAGUCCUAGAAUUGACAAGGAACAUUUGUUUUUUAGCAUUAUCCUAAAUUGUUUUGUUAUUAGGACAUUAUUCUAUAACUAUACAGUUUUAGAUUUUUUUUGUUACUAAAAUAAUAUUUGUGAGCCCCAGCAUAUGUUGAUAUUUUUCGUCUACUCUAAUAUUUAUAAUACUUACAUGUUGUUAUGUGUUAUAUGCUGCCAUUAGAAACCGCACUGCAUGUCAUGCAACUAACUACUCCGAAAGUAAUUUUCUGCAACAAGAAAUCCAUGAAUGUAAUCUUAAGCGCGAUGAAAGAAAGAAACUGCAAUCCCAUUAUUGUGGUUUUCGGUGAUCAUCCGGACGUCAUCUCAUUUUCCAACAUUUUAAGCAUGUACAACGAUACGGAAGUGAUGAAUUUCCGGUUUGUCGAACAUGACGAUAUCAAGCAAACGGUGUGCAUUUUAUACUCUUCGGGCACCACUGGAAUGCCAAAAGGCGUCGAAAUAUCCAAUUAUUGUUUUAUAUUCAUCAGCGAAGAUACAAAUAUAGAUUUGACCAAUAAUGCGGUGUCAAUUUGGUUCUCAUCACUUUAUUGGUUCAGCGGAAUAAUGAUGAAUUUAAAAUCGAUUGUGCAAGGCGCCAAAGUGAUCAUUUAUCCGGAAUUCGAUGAAGAGAUGACGUGUGCACUAAUCGAGAAAUACAAGGUAACGGUGAUUUUUCUAAGCCCAAGUAUGAUCAAUCGAUUUCUUAAAAGGGGUUAUGCAAGAAAAUAUUCAUUAUCGUCUUUGAAAAUCAUAAUUUUUGGUGGUGCGCUAAGUAAACCAAAAGUACAGGAAGAAAUGAGACGUACCUUACCAAAUGUUCUAAUAUUACAAGGUUAUGGAAUGACCGAAAUCUGUGGAAUCGGGACAUUUCAGCUGCCGCAUCACAAGGCUGGAUCUAGCGGGACUGUAAUCAAUAAUGUAGAAAUAAAAGCCGUAGACCCAAAAAAUGGAAAGGCUCUUGGUCCAAAUAAUCCCGGAGAAUUGUGGAUAAAGACACCGAACGUAAUGAAUGGCUAUUACAGAAAUCCUAAAGCGACUAAAAGCAUUAUUGACGAGGAAGGAUGGCUACAUUCGGGUGACAUGGGUUAUUUUGACGAAGAUGGGGAACUUUUUAUUGUGGAUAGAAUAGGAGAAUUGAUAAAGUACAAAGGAUAUCAAAUUUCACCUGGAGAAAUUGAAGCUAUCUUAAUGACACACCCAGAAGUGAUGGAAGCUGCAGUAAUAGGAGUACCUCAUCCAGUAGAUGGUGAACAUCCUGUUGGUUUUGUCACCAAAAUACCCGAUGCAAAGGUAACAAAGCAAGAAUUAAUUGAUUUGGUGGCUAAUAACUUGAAGGAUCAAUAUAAGCUUCGUGCUGGAGUGAUAUUUCUGGAUGCUUUCCCAUAUACAGGUUCAAUAAAAAUUGCCAGGAAUGAAUUGAAAAUAAGAGCUAGAAAACUAGCGAUUAAAUAAAAUUAUAAAUUAAAUUUAAUUAUGUACUAAUUUUU